AUGCGCGACGAGAACUCCUUUGACGAUUAUAACGACGAUGCAACGCCGUCGUCGUCUUCGCGAUAUUCUCGUCGCAAACAUCGGUAUCGGAACGUAUCGUCGUCGAGAGUAGAGGAGACGAACACCACCGAGAGUUUCUUCCGGGGCGGUGCGCAGCCGUACGAACAACAUCCGCCGCCGCGAAUCGCGGAGGAGGAAAUCUCUCUUUUGUCGCCGCCUCUCCUAAACUCGUCGUCGUCGUCGAAACCGGUGACGGUGACGAUAACGACGACGACGAGGAAAAAACAAACCCAACAACGGUCGAGGAAGAAAGCGAGUCCGCAAAGCGAAGAGAACAAAAAGAAGCGGAUGAAAGUUUUUGAUCCGGCGGAGACUUUGAACAGCGAUGCGCAGAAAGACCUGGAGGAAAUACACUUUUCGACGAUGAUGGUGACGACACCAAAGAAGAAGAAGACGAUUCAGACGAUUCAGACGACGAACGGCCAGUUAAGCCGCGGUUUUGUCGCGAAGAAGCACGGCGCCUCGCCGAGGAAAACGCCGAGAAAGAAGAAGAAGAACAGAAGAAGCGACGACCCGGAAGCGUCGACUUUAGAGGCGAUGAUAGAGUCCUUUCAGAGCGUGUCUAUGUCUUGGCACGAUAUCAGAAGCGUCGAUCUGAGAAUGUUGAGGACGCGAAGACGAUAG